AUUUACCCUCUACGCGGUAGAUACGCGAGGGAGACACUCAGAGCUGAGCACGGUCACCCUGAGGACAGCCUGCCCACUGGUAGAUGACAGCAAGGCAGAAGAGAUAGCUGACAAAAUCUACAAUCUCUACAACGGCUACACCAGUGGGAAGGAGCAGCAGACGGCCUAUAACACACUGAUGGAGGUCUCCGCUUCCAUGCUCUAAUCCCACUACGAGAAGUUUGGAGACUUCGUCUGGCGCAGUGAGGAUGAGCUGGGGCCCAGGAAGGCACACCUGAUCCUGAGGAGGCUGGAGAAGGUCAGCAGUCACUGCUCGACCCUGCUACGCAGUGCCUACAUCCAGAGCCGCACCGAGACCAUGCCCUACUUGUUUUGCCGCAGCGAAGAAGUCCGGCCACCUGGCAUGGUCUGGUACAGCAUCCUAAAGGACACCAAAGUAACGUGCGAGGAGAAGAUGGUCUCCAUGCUGCGCAACACGUAUGGGGAAUCCAAGGGGCGGUGA